GGAGACCGGCGGGCCCGGGAGGAGAGGCGCGGAGGCGAGCGGAGCUAUGUUAAACCCGGGGUACCGCUGAGGCGGGGCAGCCAGGCCACAGGCGGGGGCUCUUCGGCGGCGGGCGCGCAGGGGCCCGGCUCCUGAGGCGGCGGCAGGCAGCAUUUCGGCGCGGGGAGCGGCUCCGCAGCCACCGGGCCAAUGAACAUGUCAGUGUUGACUUUGCAGGAAUACGAAUUCGAGAAGCAGUUCAACGAGCAUGCGGCCAUCCAGUGGAUGCAGGAGAACUGGAAAAAAUCAUUCCUGUUUUCAGCUCUGUAUGCUGCCUUUAUAUUUGGUGGUCGGCACCUAAUGAACAAACGAGCAAAAUUUGAACUGAGGAAACCACUAGUGCUCUGGUCCCUGAGCCUUGCCGUCUUCAGUAUAUUUGGUGCUGUUCGAACUGGUGCUUACAUGCUGUACAUUUUGAUGACCAAAGGCCUGAAGCAGUCAGUGUGUGACCAGAGUUUUUACAUUGGACCUGUCAGCAAAUUCUGGGCAUAUGCAUUUGUGCUAAGCAAAGCACCUGAACUAGGUGACACAAUAUUCAUUAUUCUUAGGAAACAGAAGCUCAUCUUCUUACACUGGUACCACCACAUUACUGUGUUACUUUAUUCUUGGUAUUCCUAUAAGGACAUGGUGGCUGGCGGUGGCUGGUUCAUGACCAUGAACUAUGGAGUACACGCCGUUAUGUACUCUUACUAUGCCUUGCGGGCUGCUGGCUUCAGAGUCUCACGCAAGUUUGCCAUGUUCAUCACCUUGUCACAGAUCACUCAGAUGUUGAUUGGUUGCGUGAUCAAUUACCUGGUCUUCUCCUGGAUGCAGCAGGGCCAAUGCCAUUCCCAUGUGCAGAACAUCAUCUGGUCCUCUCUCAUGUACCUCAGCUACUUUGUGCUCUUCUGCCAUUUUUUCUUUGAGGCCUAUAUUGGGAAAACCAGAAAAGAAAGGAAGGUUGACUAGAGGUAGAAACAAGAAGCCAUAGCUCAGGGUCAUCAAGAAAAACAAAAUUACAAGAAAAGAAAAUGGCACAAGGAAACACAUAUAUGUAUGGUGCAGCUAAAACUUGGCAGCUUAGGGAAAGUUAGCUUGGUUUAACCCAGUAAGUUUAUGAUCCUAUCAUGGUGAGGACUCACUGAAUUCUACCCUAUCUCAAUGGACUGCUCAUGAAAGACAACUUUCUUCUUGUACCUAUCUGCUCUAUAAAAGAAAGGAGAAAAUAAAGAAGAGAAAAAAGGGAAAGACAAAAGAGAAGACAAGAAAAGAGAAAAGGAAUAAUGUUGAUGAGAAAAAAAAUACAUUAAAUAAGCAGUGUAUUUCCCCGGCGUGGAGGAGAGACUUUUAUUUGCAAAAACAAAACAAAAAUUUCUAAAUCCUUUCUAAUAAUUUUUCAGCAUUAAGUUGGACAAAACCAAGCAAGGGGGUGACAAAAAAAAUCUGUCUACAAUAACAGUAAGAUUGCAAAAUUAAAAUCUUUUCUAUAGAAGCUUGAUACUUUUAGCCAAAAUGAAACCCAAAAGAAUGUUUUCCUGCAUAGAAAGUGGCUGAACUUCACACUGUGGUUAUGAGUGGAAAAGAGACGAGAUUGAUUUCUCCACUAUAUAUUCUGCCAGCGGAGCAGAUCUGGGGACACAGAAUCACCUCCCUCAGAAAGCAGAAAGGAGCAGUACUUCUACAAGAGUUUAAUGUUAAAAGAUGCACUGUUGCAAUACAUAUCUCAGAGAGUGCAUUUUCCAAGUGCAUUUUUGAGUUAAAGGCAAGGAAUUUCUGCAGCAAGAUAAGUCAUAGUGGGUUAAAUCAAUCAAUAUUUGCUAAAUUAUCAGGGGCUAAUCGCAGAGGGAUAUUCAGGAAGGAGAGGGAGACAACUCCCCUCUUGAUUUUUGGGAACUAUGUGUUUAAAUCUCAAUUUAACCCACAGCAACACUGAAUUAAAUGGGGGAAAUCAGAAGAAAUCCCAGUUAGCGAGAAGAGAGUGAUGUAUCUGCCCACUAUUUCCAGAACAGAGCCCUGUGGUAAGAGAUGGGUUCUGUAUUUUUGUAGCCACAAGGAUGCCUGCCUGGGUGGGAAGAGGUGGCAGGACUGUGUGGUAUUGGCUAACACUGUGCUUCUGCAUCUGCCUACUGGGCAGUGCAAAGAUGUUCAAAGUGCCCUCCUCUGGUCAUGCGGAGAUAGUACUACAAAACAUACUUGGAAUAGGUUUUUCUUGAGAUUUGUAUAGAAAAAGUUAGUCAGAGUAAUUUUGCUGCAACAGCUUAACUCUAAAGUCCAGAGAGAAUUAUCCUUCAUUAAAUGUGUAUAUCUCUCUGCAGAAUCUGUACUGUAACAUCAGACUGACCACUUAAGAAGACCCUUUCUUCUCUGAAGUCAGCUACGGAUAUAAGAGGAAAUGUUAUUUCACUCUGAACCUUAGAGAAUUAGUUGAGAACAGCCAUAUUCUUUCAAAGACAAGUAGAUUGCAUUAUCUGUGAUAUUCCAGUCCUUACAAAGCCAAAUAAAAUGUGUGAAAGUUCCUAGUAUUUCAAAGACGCAAGUAUGUAAACUUGAUGUUAAAUGUGUUAAUGUAGUAUUCUAAAUUGUAUCAGUUACGUAGUUUAACUAAACAAUUAGAAGAACUAGAUCAACAAAAUAGGGACUGCUGUUCUGCAUAGGAUAUACACACACCUAUAACUACACCCAUAUACACAUUCUGUGAAUUGUCAACAAGAAAAAAAAAGCCCAGUGGCAGAGAAUCACGUUUCCUGGCUAAUGCAAAAGAUUGUCAUUAUCUUUCUUGCUUUAAUUUGAGAUUGUACAGUACAAAGGGUUUGUUUUGGGUUUGGUUUUUUUUAAGUUAUGAUUUUUAGCUUUAAUUGUGAUGUCAUUCAUGAAACAGAGCUGCUUUAGUAUCCUGUUAAGAGAUGACAAGGGCUUUUGGUGUCUCAUUAUAUACAAAAGAAAAACAAAUAAAGUUACAUUCCAUGUUAUGUGAAUGGUCUUACAAAUCAAAAAGCCUUUGGAGGCUAAAAUAAUAAUUAUAACAAGCAGAAAAUGAGUUUACAUUUGUGUUAUUUAAGUUAUUGAUGUGCUAACGUUAUUUUAUGGUACACAACAAAUAGCAAAAUGUGAUAUGCAGUAAUGAAGCUAUGCUACUCAUUAAUAGGACUACUGUAUACGUGGAAAUAUUAGACAAAACCAAUUAAAUGUGUAAACCAUUUUGAUAUACAGCUUGGGAGUAGAUAAUUACAAUGCUGAAUAAGCCUUUUUCCUCGUGCUUAUUUUUGCCCUGGCAAAGAAGCAGGUUAAGAAUACCAGUUAAGAGUGCAAAAGGCAAAACUAAAGUUGACUGCAGGUAGAUGAGAAGCGUUGGUAGAAGCUCACCGUCGUGCCAUUUAGACUCUCAGUCCUGUGUGUCUUAGGUCUCUCAGAAAAAGUGAGGGGGUGGAGCUGAAGCUGGAGCAGAUAACUUGGACCUCUGAAGUCAGUGGAGCUUUGCUCUGCUUUGAACAGAGCUAGUGUAUCCAACUGCCUUUCGUCUGAGCAGAAGGGAAAGAGCUGCACACAUCUCCUACUAAUUUGAGGCUUAUGGUUACUGACUUUGAAACCCCCAUAAACUUUACCUAUAAGAAGUGACACCACAGCAAGGAAGGCAAGGACUCGCAGCCUAAGUUUAACACAGGCAGAAAACUAGAGUGGGUUGCCUACAACCUACCAUGUUUCAUACGUGGUUCUACUUAAUCACAUAAGACAAAAAUCCACACCUGUGCAUGCUGGAUGGCAAUGUUGGCAAUGCCUACACUGACUUCAGCAGAGCAAGAAUUUCUCCUGCUCUUACACCAUCCUCCUAAAGCCAUCAAGGUGCCAGGCAGGUGAGGGCCACCUUCCUUACUGCCUUGGAAGUGGCUCCAGUGCAGAAACCAGCCCUUGCAGCCCCCUCAAGAUGCAAUGCAGGUGAACCCCUGGUGUGCAGGAGAGACUUGUUGCUGAAUUCGGUGGAUGUCUUGGGGGGUGACUAGGCUGCAGGCAGGCAUAUGUGUAGGGAAGAGGCAGCAAGAACAGGCAGGUAAGAGGCAGCUGUAAAUUAGGGAACAUUUAUCAUCACACUGGAAAUUGACAGUCAGUCACGCUGCUGUUUGCUUCAGGAGAUGAUGCAUCAUUCAUGCAUUUACAGAGGUCCUGUGGCCCUGCUGUACCAUUGGGCAUUUCUUCUCAGGUUUUCCACUGGAGCCAAAUGUGGUAACUGGCAUUAAAGAAAUUGAGGAUAAGACCAAAUCCAACUUACACUACUUUUUUUUUUACCUUCCUAACAUAUGCACACAUGGUAUUUAGACAUCACAUUUAAUCCACUCACAUGUACACUGACCCAGUCAACCUUCAUGAAAAGACACUUCAACAAUACUGAGGCUGUUCCAGCCUACGAGCCACAAGACAUAAACACAGCUAAUUGGGCCCUAUUUAUUUCCCCUGGGUGGAGCCUUGGGGUCACUCUUUCAAAUUUUUCUGUCCACUAGCAGAACCUUCUUUUUCCUAAUUACUUUAAAUAAAGCCAUUGUUCUGUGGCAUUCCCCAUGGGGAGCUCAAGCUUUAUAUAAAUUACCAAACAUUAUGGGACCUGUGACAACCACCACAGAUGCUGGAAAUGCUGUUAAGGAAUUCACAGUUAAAGUCAGGAAAGUUACACUGGUGAUAAGGUCAGUUGGCUAGAGUCAAAGUCUGAGUUCCAUGUUUUGAUGCAUUAAUCCAAUGUAUUGAAAUAAAACCAGAAAAGUUGGUAUGGAUUUAUGCUCAGGCAGCUCUUAGUAGAGUUUGGCUAUUCCUAAACACUACUUCUAUGUAGUGAAUGCUUUAAGGAAAAUAUUUUCAACUAGUUAGUGGAAGAACAAAAGCUUGGGUAAUUCUGCAACCUCUUUAAAUUGUGCCUGUGAUAGAGGGAAACUCCUUGUGCUUACAGACCUUCUGUAACCCAGAGUCAUAAAUGAUUUAUGUCAGGGGUCACUGGCAACACCCAACUAAGAGCAACUGGCUCCAAAAGAGACCUCUCACCAGAAUCUCACAGUAAACUAAUAAAAGCUUUUGCUUACAAGAUAAGGGCCAAAGCACACAAACGGAAUCACUUGAAAGAGACAAGCAGGGUAGCAGGAAUAAGGUAGACAAGGAGGGAGAAGACCUAUUCCAGAAGAAAGUCUUUUCAGGCAGAGUGCCAGGGGCCCAGGGUGGGAUGGCUGCUGGGAUAAGAUGUGUGUGAAGGGAUUGCUCCUGCGGAAGCUGGUUACACAAUGGCUCCCUGAGUGCAAGCAGGGGCCUGUGGAUUUGUUUGGAGGAACAUUCAUGGUCUAACAACUUGAGAUAUUCGAGGCCUGGAUGUAUUUCUUUUUUCUUUCCUGAAAGUAAAAACCUGAGACGGCAUUUUAGUUGAGAGCAGUGGUACCUCAGGGAUCGAUAUGCAGGUGAUUCUCAGGCUACAAAGAGCGUUAAGACACUGAUUAGUGUGACUCUGAAACAAUAGCCUUUAUAAGCAGUGCCAUAUAAAGCAUAUUAAUGCAGUAGUCUGUCCCAUACUUCAGAACCAGUAUCAGAAGUAUAAUGUCUUUAUAUACAAAUCAUAAAUACAGACCCACUUUGAGUAAGAACAGUGGCUUUGAUCAGGGAAGAAAUCAAAUUGCAGCCCAUUCUGCGUAAGUUCAGGACUUGGUCCAAUACCUACUGAAAGUAAGAUUGUUGGUGAGACAUCCAGUGACUUCAGUGAGCUUGGCAUCAAACCACUGCAGCCCAGUUGCAGAGGGCCAUGCAAGACCUAAAUCCCCUUGUUGUUUACUUAGUGAUGGCAUGAACCGCUCAGUCUAUCGCUAAGGCUCUGAUAUUGAUCUUCAGUCAUCUUUUCCAGCCUAGCUGCAAUGAACCCUCUAAAAGGGAAGAAGUACAAUUGAGAAUUGUUGAUGGGUUUCUACUGUUUUAUUUCAAUACAUUUUCCGUUCCAUAUAUUUUAUGACAAGCACGCUACAGGGCACAUCCCUGAUCCUGCUAUUGUAAACACCGUGUUGCAGUCAGUGUAGCUAUACACUGACACAGAAACCUUUUACUUACAGGGGUAAAGGCAGGAUCAGUGCCUUGUUGCAGACAUAGUUUCUAGUACAGCAAACAUCACAGGGUAGGGAUUUGAUUUCUAAAUUAAACCGACUGUACCAGCACAUAUAAGAUUGGAUUUGCACAAGAAAUGGACAACUAAGGGGAACAAGAGCCCUCCCCAGUACAUCAUAAAGCUCAAUAAAGUGCUACAUGAAGUGGGGUUAGAGUGCAUUUCCCAAUGGGUAAAAAAUAAUACUCCCUUGAAACAGUGACCUUCCUGAGAAAUCUCACUUCUGUCCAGUUCUGGACAGCUUCAAAGAGGCCUGUCUGCUGAAAAAACACAGCUCUGAUUGACUUAUCUGCUUUCUCAAAAUAGCCAUUACAUGCUUUAGGCUUUUGGGAGCCUUAAAGCUCAAGCUAGAUUUGUAUUCAGAAAAAAAACAACCUUAAAUAUAUGUACAAUAACUAGGAGAGAAU